AUGCCGACUACCUACGGAUCCGUGGAAACGGAUAACGUCAAGCACCUACCUGGAGCCAAGUCGACCGCACCCAAGGUGUUGCUCAGCACUGUCGUGCUCGCUGCGGCCAUCGCGCUGAUGAUCAACCAGUUUGGCGACGUUGGCGUUAAGAUCAUCGCCGCGGUGGCCGUUGUCAUGUACUUGGUGCUGUUCGUCGGCUUUUGCUGCGCUUCGGUGUCGUAUGCAAGUACCCCAGUGCUGAUCCCGUUCAUCGCCGUCAAGCUGCAGUUGUUCGUCCUGUAUCUCCUGCUCGCGUAUGCGGCUCGUGGAUUCAAGCCAAGAUUCCCACAAUGGACGCUGGCCUACGAGCUAACUGUCAUGGGCCACCUCCUCGCUGACAAGAACGCUCAUCUGCUUCGAACCCCGUUCCAAAGGCACGGCAAGUCCAUUCUGAAGGCUAACAGCCGCCUGCAUGGCACGGUGGCCGAGAAGCUGGUGGCCAACGGCAUGGAGCACAUGUGGCUGCGUGACGCCGAGAAGAAGGAGACGCGCGUGGUGGUCAUCCACUUCCACGGCGGCGCCUACGUCGUGUCUGACCCGCUGCAGGACGUCGAGCUCGCCAACCAGACCCACACCAAGUUCAAGCAGAUUCUCAAGGAGAAGUACCAGAUCGACGCGUCCGUGGACGUUCUGCUGGCCAACUACCGCAUGGCUCCUCAGUUCCUGUACCCGACGGCUCUGGACGACUGCUUCACCAUGUACAAGUACGUGCUGAAGCACGAGAACAUCGCCCCCAACCACGUGGUGCUCAGCGGCGACAGUGCUGGAGGCGAAAUGACGCUCACCAACUGCAUGCGUCUGCGCGACACGACUCCGGAGCUCAAGCCUGCCGCUGCGCUGUGCUACUCGCCUCUGGUCGACCUCGAAGAGACUGGCGGUGACGACAUCACGCCGCACUGCCUGCUCGCCGCCAACUUCCUGGACAACAGUCUCGAGACGUACCUGAGCAGCGUGGACGACCCGAACAAGCGCUUCAAGGUGUCGCCUAUCAACCAGAACCUCAAGGACCUGCCCCCGACGUUCGUGCAGUUCGGCACGCUCGAACGCUUCUACGAGCAGGGGCUGCGCUUGGGAGUCACGAACAUGGAGCUGGACCUGCUCGAGAACAUUGUUCAUGACCCGGUGAUGUUCCCGACAGCGGUGAGCCCCGCUGCUGAAGGCGCUAUCCGCAACGCCUGCGCGUUCGCUGCGAAGCACCUGGCUCCUAUUCUGAAGGCUUAG